AUGGAAUAUGGUGUUUUGGCCAACCAGCCGGUGGUCAUUGACUCGGGAUCCGGUAGUGUCAAAGCCGGAAUAGCGGGUGAAGAGCUGCCAAAGGCUGAUUUUGCGUCUUUGGUUGGUCGCCCGAAGCACCAACGAGCGAUGGCCGGUGGAUUAGAAGGUGAAACCUUUGUUGGCCAGAUAGCCCAAAAGAAUAGAGGCCUUUUCCGCUUAAGAUAUCCGAUGGAGCAUGGAAUAGUUACGAAUUGGGACGACAUGGAGCUGGUCUGGCACCACCUGUAUCAGAACGAGCUCAAGAUCGUUAGUGAAGACCAUCCCGUUCUCCUCACUGAGCCACCGCUGAAUCCGCGUCAAAACCGCGAUACAAUGGCACAAAUAAUGUUCGAGACCUUUAAUGUGCCGGCGCUUUACGUGUCGGUGCAAGCCGUGCUUGCCUUGUACGCCUCUGGUAAAACAACUGGUCUGGUGUUGGAUUGUGGCGACGGUGUGUGCCAUGCGGUGCCUGUUUUCCAAGGAUUCAGUCUAUCAAACGCUAUUCAAAGAACUGAUACGGCUGGCCGUGACGUUACAGAGUAUAUGCAAUUAUUACUUCGCAAGCAGGGGGUCAAGCUCUCUACUUCUGCAGAAAAAGAGAUUGUUAGGGAGAUCAAAGAGAAAUAUGGCUAUCUUGCACUCGACUUGAUCAAAGAAGAAAACACGCUGAAAUUGGCUGCGGAACAGACAAAGUUCAAGCUUCCAGAUGGUCAGCAGAUAACCUUGGGUGUAGAGCAGGUCCGCGCCCCAGAACUGCUGUUUAAACCAUCAAUGAUUGGCAGUGAGGACAACGGCUGCCACCAAUUAGUCGGAGACGCGAUCUCGAGGGUGGAUCGUGACCUGCGAGCUGAGCUUUACCAGACAAUCAUUCUCAGCGGUGGUGCAACAUUGACCCGCGGGUUCGGAGAUAGACUGUUACAUGAACUCAAACAAAUCGCCCCCAAGAACACCAAGCUGAAGAUUUACGCCCCUCCAAACCGCCGCCACUCGACUUGGGUUGGUGGCUCGAUUUUAGCCGGCCUGUCGACAUUCACCAAAAUGUGGGUCACUGCCGAACAGUGGCAAGAAAACCCAGAACUAAUACAUCAUAGGGGUAUUUUAUAA